CUGUAAUUUCUGAGUGAAAUUUUCUUUUUUUUUUUGGGUCUCUUGUAAAGCAGGCUUAGAUUCCAUUCUCUCUUUUACUUUUCAAAAUGCCAAUCAUAUUGCUGACUCAUAUUUUACUACUAUCAGCAAGCACAGACCCAAUACUCUUGAGUCCUUGAGUCUCUCACACAUCUCUUUCAACACCAUUUUCAGGCCUGCAAGCAAAAAGUAAGAAAUGUAAUCAUAAUAAUAUACAAGCCUAGCUAUUUAUUUAGUGCGCCCACCCUCACCUCUGCGUCGUCCACAGAGCAACAUUUUAAACGGGUAUUUCUUAUCCCCAACUGCCUUGUCCAAGUCAUUUUUUUUUUCUCCACUUUCUGAAAUUAUGUAUUCUCAAAUAUGGAAAGCCAUGGCAUUGGCUUCACUGGUGGUUCAGCUAUGCAUUUCUCUUGGGUUAGAAUCUUCUUCAUCUUUAUCUCAUUCUGAUAAGAUUAUCAGGCUUCCUGGACAACCCCAUGUGGGCUUUCAACAAUUCUCAGGAUAUGUCACUGUGGAUGACAAGAAGCACAGAACUCUUUUCUAUUACUUUGUUGAAGCAGAAAUAGAUCCAGCUUCCAAGCCCUUGGUUCUCUGGUUGAAUGGAGGGCCUGGCUGUUCUUCUCUGGGAGUAGGGGCUUUCUCUGAAAAUGGACCUUUUAGACCAAAUGGGAAGGUUUUGGUGAGAAAUGAGUAUAGCUGGAACAGAGAAGCAAAUAUGUUAUAUUUGGAGACACCAGUUGGAGUGGGGUUCUCUUAUGCCACUGAUAGCUCCUCCUAUGUGGCAGUGGAUGAUGAGGCAACAGCCAGGGACAAUGCUGUAUUCCUGCAACGCUGGUUCAAUAAGUUCCCUCAGUAUAGGCAUAGGGACUUGUUUAUAGCAGGGGAGAGUUAUGCAGGCCACUAUAUUCCUCAACUUGCAAAGCUUAUGAUUGAAAUCAACAAAAAGGAAAAGUUAUUCCACUUGAAAGGCAUUGCAUUGGGCAACCCUGUUCUAGAAUUUGCUACAGACUUCAAUUCAAGAGCUGAGUACUUAUGGUCUCAUGGGCUGAUAUCAGACGCAACAUACAAAAUGUUCACUUCUGCUUGUAACUAUUCAAGAUACGUAAGUGAAUACUACAGAGACUCAGUUUCAACUAUUUGUUCGCACGUUAUGAGCCUAGUUAAUAGAGAAACCAGUAGGUUUGUGGACAAAUAUGAUGUUACCCUUGAUGUUUGUAUUCCAUCAGUUCUCUCACAAUCAAAGGUUUUGAGACCACAAGUAAGUCCUCCCUGCAAAACCAAUCGCCUUCCAACUUUCUUGUCCAUACUUUUUUUUAACUCCAAUUUUUUGCUUAUAAUUCUUCUUUCACAGCAAGUAUCAGAGAGGAUAGAUGUAUGCGUGGAUGAUGAAACCAUGAACUAUCUGAAUCGAAAGGAUGUGCAGAAGGCUUUCCAUGCCCGGCUUGUUGGGGUUCGCAAAUGGGAAGUUUGUAGCAACAUUCUGGAUUAUGAGCUGCUCAACCUAGAGAUACCCACAAUCUCUAUUGUUGGAUCACUUAUCAAGGCUGGAAUUCCAGUUUUGGUUUACAGUGGAGAUCAAGAUUCUGUUAUUCCAUUGACUGGUAGCCGCACCCUUGUUCAUAGACUGGCGAAGGACUUGGGACUAAACACAACUGCGCCUUAUAAAGCCUGGUUUGCAGAAAAACAGGUUGGUGGAUGGACUCAAGUUUAUGGCAACAUCCUGUCAUUUGCUACAAUCAGAGGCGCUUCUCAUGAGGUUCCAUACUCGCAGCCAGAGAGAUCACUGGUGUUAUUCAAGUCAUUUCUGAAAGGCCAACAUCUACCUGAAAUUUUCUGAUGUGUUUUUGAGUUGAGGCCCGCAGUCAUAUAAUGGUGAGAUAUUGUAUGUAAGAAAUAACAUAUAUGCUGUUAUUAUAGUCAAACAUUCUUUAUCUUUCCAAAAAGAAAAAAAAAAAUCAUGUAUGAGUGUGAUUACGAGGUUUUCUCAAUGUAAUUUAUCUUUGAAUUGGAGAAAUUUUGUGAGAAUUAUGAAAAUGACUACCCUCUUUUACAACCA